AUGUCAAAAUUGAUAGUGUAUCUUGUUUUCAUCAUUUAUUGUGCUAAUCAGGGAGGAGGAGGAGGAGCAGGAGCAAGAGGAGGAGCAAGAGGAGUAGCCGCUGAAGUUGUCACAAAUUAUAGAGCUGACAAGUUAUGGGAUGAUGACUUAUUAAUGGAGACAACGCAAGUAGAAGAAUCAACAUUGACGAAUUGUGACACAAUGGAACAUGGAGGAUUAUUUAUUUUGGAAGAAAAACCGUUGUUAUUGAUGGCAAAUACUGUUAACUUGAUGAAAUGGAAUUAG